AUGUCAGCUCAGGUCCAAUUCGCAUUGGAGGCUUUGAGGAUUGGUCGAAGAUUCCUUUCAACUGUUUCCUUCGAGGCACACGUGGAGCUGCCAGACAAUCUCGAGCUGGUCCAGUCCAGUUUAUUGUUGCUAAGGGACCUCCCAAUUCAUGCUCUACUUAAUGCUACUACUGUGGAGGAAAUAUCGGAGGCUGUGGAGGGUCUAUUUAAUCAUAUGAGGCGGAAUUUGCGGAAGGCUAGGCGGUAUCCUGUCUAUAGGGCGGCAGUGCUUAUGGAAGAUGUAUCCAGAGACCUACUCACCCAGCUGAACAAAGUCUUGCAUCCCAAAGAGGGAUCAACUAUCAUGCAGCUGCCAUAUGCUGACUUCGAGCUAUUGACUGGAAUAUGCAGGGAGCUCUGUACUCAAUGGGCUGACUCUGCCAGGCAGUUCAAGCAACAGUUACGUGAUGAGCUUAAACAUCGUAGUGGUCAGUCAGCCGAGCGUGUACCUGCCAAGAUGAGGUUUGCUCAUGAGCCUCUACAGGAUCGUAUAAAUGAAUUGAGACAGUUCAGGAAGCAACAUGAGCAAUUUGUCCAGACGUUGGAUAAGGUAUUCGUGGUAGUAUCCGGUAAGGAUGGAGGGACAGUCUCUGCUGCUGCAACUGCUACGAAGAAUACAGUAGUGGCUGCUUAUGAUAAGGUCUUGGUUGUUGAUGUUGUGGAUACUACACCUACUGGUAUUAAUGCUUGGGAACGUGCUAAACAGGAGUAUGCUGAUCUCAUCAACAGGGCCGAGAGCUUGAUCAUAGCUAACAUGAGGGAUACCCUUGGCAAUGCUGCUACUACCAAGGAUAU